AUGGCAAGGAGACGCAAACAAGUAGCACCGGUGACUGCUGCUAUAACUCCGGAAGCUCAGAAAUCCAAAGAUCAAUUACCAACCAGUCCAAAACGAUUGCAAUUUUCUGAAGCUGGUUCUUCAAAACCAUCUCCAGAUCCAGAUCUCACAGCCAAAGCAGAGAUAGGGAAGGUCAUGCAUGCAAAUGAGCUAAGACAACAGAACUCACAUAUGGGGAUGAGGUUGGAGUAUAUUCCACCAAGUCAUAGAGACGGUAAGAUUGUCAUUCAAAUAGAGGAAGAAGACGUAAGCGGGCUAAAGGAACACUGGGCUACUCCUCUAAUUGGGUAUGUACUUGGGGAUACUCCGUAUGAGAAAUCUAUGGAGAGCUAUGUUGAAUCAGUCUGGGAUUUUGUCAAUAGACCUCAGAUCAUAUAUCACCAAGAAGGAUAUUAUGUGUUUCGAUUCACAACAGUGGAGGAAAGAGACGCAGUCAUGCAAGCUGGGCCUUACUCAUAUCAUAACAAGCCAUUUAUUUUGCAGAACUGGAAGAGAGAUUUCCACUUUGAUCCUAAGUGUAUCACUACUAUCCCCUUGUGGAUUCACUUACCUAGCCUAUCAGCUGGGUAUUGGACUACUGAUGCAUUAAGCAAGGUGGCUACUGCUGUAGGUUUACCAUUGUACACUGAUAAAUUUACAGCAGAUUUGAACAAAAUUUCCUAUGCCAGAGUACUUGUGAAAGUUGACAUCACAAAGCCACUAGGAGAUUGA